AACAAAUUUAAAUUUUAACUUGUAAUUGGCCGGUUUACCUUUGACCAAAGUAGAAUUAUUACUAAGAUGUCUAUUUUUAAUGGAUUUCCCGAACUACCAGGUCCAGAAGAAACUGCAUAUUGUAAAAUAAAUGAAGUGUACUGUUGUGCUAAUGGUCGAUAUGGAAAUGUUACAACAUUUACAAAUUCGACAAAAAAUCAUCCAAAAAUCAACGUCACGAAGGAUUUCCACCAUCAUAGGUUAUCCGACGAAAAUAUAUCGGUGUACGUCGAUGUUGAAGAUAAUCUGCUCAAGAAAAUAACAAGUGUGUGGUACAAACAGGGUUUCUUAGAAGCAUUGGGUGUUGCUGCUGACCCUAAUGUUAACAGAGAUAGCAAAACUCUUGCUGUCGCAGCGACAUAUGCCUUAAAAGUCGCGAAUUUAUUUACCGCGUUACGUUAUUUCAUGCAGCCGCAUUUAAAAGACAUUGGACCGAAAAUUGUUUCAAAGUACUCGCGAACAAGAAAUUGGGGCAGUGCCCCUGUAAAAUGUAUGGCAUGGCAUCCACAUACAACAAAAAUCGCAAUUGCAACGGCUGAUGAUAAUGUAAGGGUUUAUAGUCCAGAAGUUUCAUUUGUUUCGACUCUAAAAUGCAAGGCCCAAGGGCAUGUUUCUUCAUUGAGUUGGCGACCUUACUCUGCUUCAGAAAUAGCUGUUGGCUGUGAACAGGGAGUCAUAGUUUGGACGGUUGAUCCUAACUCUAUGUUCACGAAGCCAUCUUCAAGUAAUGCAGUAGUAUUAAAAAGGUCAGGUCAUAGUCCAGUGACAGAUGUGAGCUGGUCGCCAAACGGAGACCUCCUCAUAAGCUGUUGCGGUGCAGACACCUCUAUGCUUGUAUGGGAUGUUGCUAUGGAAACUGCAAUACCAUUACGGAGAGUUGCAGGCGGUGGUAUAGUGUUCGCUAGAUGGUCGCUUACCGCUAAUAAAAUAUUUGCAGCAACAUCGUCUAUUAUAUUCAGGGUAUGGGAUACACAAAGUUGGACGCCAGAACGGUGGUGUGCGCGCGGCUGUCGCGUGGUAGCGGCCUGCUGGGGACCUAAAGAUGUUGUUUUAUUUGCCGCUAAGGGAGAACCAAUUGUAUACUCUCUUAAUAAUACCAGUUUGUUGAAUGGAGCAAGAAUAAGUAAAGCCCAACCAGUCCUAGAUGUAACUAAAGUGGAAUUAUCAACUGGUGAAUCGGUCGGUGGACCAAUUCUGGAUAUGUGCUGGGAGCCAACGGGACGCUAUUUGGCUUUGCUUUUUGAAGAAUCAUACAUCAUAGCCGUGUUUUGUACCACUCAGCUUAUGAUGCAACUCAAUGUUACACCAUGUUGUUUCAUAAGUGGCCUGGACAACGAAGUGCCAUCGACAAUGGCGUUUCAGCAAAACUUCACAGAUGGCGCCUGUUUGACCAUCGCCUGGUCGAGUGGUAGAAUACAACAUUUUCCAAUUAUUUAUACAGAAUCUUACUGAGUAUUUAAAAAAGUAAAAAACGUGGGUAUAGUGAAUAUAAUAAACAAAUAAUUAAGGAAAAAGAUGAAGAUUAACAAUAAAACAGUGACAAAUGACAGAAACAGUGAAAUAUUUUUACUUAAUUUAAAUAUUUUUGUAAAAUAUGUAAUAAAUAAUAUGGUUUCUUUA